UUUGCCUCUCUGCGCCCGUCUGAGUUCUCGCCCCGCCUCCCCUCCUUGCUCAGCAUGCGGCUGUCGGAGGGAGACGAAGCGCAGCCCCUGCCUGAACGUCGAGGCUCCUGGUCGCGAUGGGCUCCCUCGAGUGGCGCCUCUUGCCCCUGGGGGCAAUCUUCUUCCUGCUGUUGCCUCGCAGAGCCGACUUCUCCCCCUCACACUCGCUGAGGUAUUUCGACAUGGCCGUCUGGGAGCCAGGCUGGCGGGUGCCCCAGUUCACCGCCUUGGUGUACAUGAACGACCAGCUCAUCGGCCGCUACGACAGAAACAUCGACGAGUGCGUGCCUCAGUCGCCCUGGAUAGAGGAGAUCCACAAAGAUGACACCCACUUCUGGUUAAGGAACACGGGAGGGAAUUUUGCCAUAACUUUACUCACAGAUAUGAUGAUGCUGAAGGACCGUUACAACCGGAGCAGGGGGAUACAAACCUUGCAGGUGAUCUUCGGCUGUGAACUGAGUGGGGACAAUCCUACCCCAAGAGGGUUUGUGAAGUACGGCUACAACGGAAAGGAUUUCCUCAGUUUGGAGCAUGAGAUGCUCACCUGGACAGCGAUGGAGACGGAGGCCAAGCCCAUCAAGAGGGAGUGGGAGGCCGAUGAGAGCCGUCGAAAAUUCUGGACGUUUUUCCUGGAGGAGAUCUGCAUGGAGGGGCUGCGAACACACUUGCGCUACGGGGAAGUGGAUUUGCUGAAGAAAGAGCCCCCGACGGUGAAGGUGACGCGCAAGGCAGGCAACGACGGCCUGGAGACCCUCGUUUGCUGGCUCGGCGGCUUCUACCCCAAGGAGAUUGACAUAACGUGGCAGAAGGACGGGGAGGACCGGACGCCGGACACCUUGACGGGGGGCGUCGUCCCCAACGCAGACGGGACCUACCACACCUGGCUGAGCAUUGAGGUGGAGGCCGAGGAGAGGGGCCGCUAUCGGUGUCAUGUGGAACACGACGGCCUGCAGGAGCCGCUGGACUUGGCCUGGGAGGAGCCCAGUGAGAGACAGCCUGCGUCCUCUGUGUCCGACUUGGGGUUCACUGGGAGAGGCCUCGUGGGGGUCACCAUUGGUGCCAUCUUGCUGGGGGCCACUGUCCUCUUCUGAAUCCGAAGACGUUGAGAAGAUGGUGUCAAGACAGAGAGCACCUUAAGGGAAUUUUCUAGCCUGUUCCAGCUGAAGCGACAUCAUUUCUGAAUUAACUCCACUGUUCCGCACAGUUCCUUGAUUUACUGCAGGUGCCGGUCACCUCCUGUUGGGUGAUAGUGAGAUAUUGAAAAAAUGGUAUUUAGCAGAGAUAAGAUAGUCCA